CUUCUUUUGCACAGAGGUCUGCAUGCAAAAAUAGACUAUGUAGGGAGCCUGAGUAUAAGCUCCGUAUUUUUGAGGCAGGUUUUCUCUUAGGCCCGGUUUUACAAUCUUUGGUUAUCUAGAAGUUAUAAUUUAACCAAAGAUUAAGUCAGUAUCGAUGUUUUACAAUUGAUGGUUAUCAUCAAGCGUCUUGGUUAAUUCACAGUUAAUUUAACCUAUGCCCAAUGCAUAGGUUAACUAGACGUUACGCUUUUACCUCAAUAUAACCUAAAUUAUGGAUUACGACGUCAAUGCUUACAGUAGUGAUGAAGAAAUAAGAAGGCCAAAAAUAAUUAGGCAUCGACCGAAUUAUUUUGAAGAGUACGAUGGACAUGAUUUUUUUGUGAGGUUUCGGUUGUCCAAAAGAACAACUGAAAAUGUAUUGAAUGAAAUUGAAGACAUUAUUUCUCAUCCUACACAUAGAAAUGAUUGUCUCUCUGCUAGUCAGCAGCUGCUGCUUACUUUAAAUUUUUAUGCCAAUGGAUCAUUUUUGCGGUGUACUGGCGAUUUUUUGGGAGUAAGUAAAUCAACAGCCAGUAUUACAGUGAGGCGAGUGAGUGUGGCACUUGCAAGUCUAAAACCACAGUAUAUAAAUAUGCCAUCAACGGAUGAAGAAAUUUCUGAAAUGAGACAGAGCUUUUAUAACAUUGCACGGUUUCCCAGAUGCAUAGGUGCUUUAGACUGCACCCAUGUUAAGGUUCAAUCUCCUGGAGGUGAUCAAGAUCCUUUGAACGAGGAAACUACUCUGAUAGUCUCAUAGUGGGGGACAGUGGUUAUGGCGUUAGGCAGUACCUAAU